AUGUCGUCUGCUUCUUUCUUCUCGUCGCCUUCCAAUCUUUUAUGUCAUUGUGGUAAGAGAGCUCAACUACGCACAUCAAGGACUCCAUCAAAUCCUGGUAAGAAGUUUCACGGUUGCAAGAAUUGGAAGGAUGGGGGUUGUACGUUCUUCAAAUGGGAGGAUGAUCCAGAGAGCUCGAACAAUCAGAUUCUGGCCAAUGAAAUAAUUGAGGUCGGGAACAAGAUGUUAUUGCUUGAAGCGGAGAACAAAAAAUUGAAGGAGAGUGUUGAACUCCAGUUGCAUGUGCAGGACAUCUAUGAUGAAGAAUUGUCCAAAAUUCGACAAAAAAUCUGGAAGCUCCAAGUGUUUGUUGCUGUAACAUGGUUGCUCUUCAUUAUUUUUUGUACUUGUUGUCUUUUUCUUUGA